GAGCGGGAAUGGGGAGCGGGCAGGGAGCAGGCCCGGGAGGGCCUCAGGGCAAGCGGGCGCGGUGCCCUGACUUUGAGGAGAAGGGGUUCUGCCUGAAGGGCGACCUGUGCCCGCUGGACCACGGCAACUACCGCAUCGUGGUGGAAGACAUGCAGUCCCUGCAGCAGUUGAACCUUCCACUCCCUCCACAAUCCCUCGGAAUGCCGCCAAACUCGGCCGCCAGCCGCCGCCCGGCCAGCUGGCCGGCACCCGCGGCGAGGGCGGAAGGCGGCAGGGGAGGCAGAGGGAGAGGAGGGGGAGAGGGGGGUAGAGGGGGAGGCGAAGGAGGGGAAGGGGGGAAGGGGCAGGGGGUGGUGGGGGUAUCGGCAGCAGUGGACGGAGGGGGAGGGGUGCCGCCUGACGAUGGGGAUAGCUAUGACCCGGACGAGGCGCUGUGGGUGCACGACAGCAAGCGCGCCAAGGGGUUGAGCGAGGUGCGAGAGUAUGGAGGCUUGGGGGGGGAGGGGAAUGGGCGGAAGGGCGCACCUGGGGAGGUCAGUGUGUGGGAUAGGAUUGGGCCCCAGGAGGUGGGGAUGUGGGGAUGGAGUACACUCCUGACGGGGGCUUCAACAUGGGGUAUAAUCCGCAGUUCCCGGGGAAUUUCGGGGGCGGAAUGGGGCAGGAAUUCGGAGGGGAUGGGGCAGGGGAGUUUCCAGCUAUGGGCAUGGGGCAAGGCAUGGCACCAGGCAUGGGGCAAGGCUGGCAGGGGCGGGCGGGCAGAGGGGACUUCGGGGGGGAGAGGGGACUUGGGGGGGAGAGGACGAGGGGAAGGGGGCAUGGGCGGGGGCAGAGGCCGUGGAGGGGCAGGAGGCAGCGAGCGCAACCGAGACCAGAAAGCCCAGAUGACAGUCUUUGUGAACGGGAUUCCAUCGGAGCUCACCUCGGGCAAGGGCCUGCAGGCGUCGCUCAUCAAGCACUUCUCCAAGUUCGGCCCCGUGGUGGAUAUCAAGGUGCACGGGGAUAAGGGCCGGGCGUUCGUGCAGCUGGCAGCUAGGGAGCACGCGGCAGCGGCCAUAGCGGCGCCGGAUGCUGUGCUGGGGAACAGGUUCAUCAAGGUGUUCUGGGCUAACUUCGAUCUGCAGCCGGAUCCUGCCUCUGCUGCUGCUGCUGCAGCAGCGGCGGCGGCAGCAGCUGCUGCGGCUGGUGGGGGCAAGGGUGGGGCAAGUGCAGGGACUCCAGCAGCAGCAGCAGCAGCAGCAGCGGCGGUUGAUCCGGCAGAGGCAGCAGCGAAGGCAAAGGCGAAGUUAGAGGAGUUGAGAGCGAUUCAGAAGAAGAAAGAGGCGCUGCUGCGGGAGCAGAUAGAGAAGCGGAGGCAGUACCUGGAGCGACUCAAAGAGGCCAGCCAGCACAAACAGCCACCCGCUGCUGCUGCUGCCGCCGCUGCUGCUGCUGUGUCAGACGCAUCAGCAGCAGGUGCAGGUGCAGCAGGUGGGAGCACGGUGCAGGCAGCAACAGGCAGUGCUGCUGCUCCUGCUGCAGGUGCCAACCCGGCUGAAGCCGGAGCAGCAGGGGCAGGAGGCGGGGCGACAGGGGCUGCAGGAGCAGCAGCAGCAGGGAGCACAGCAGUGGGCACGCCUACAGCAAAGGACGCCUCAGGAUUCCACCCGUCUCCCGGCGCUCCAGCACCUUAUAUGGGCGGCAGAGGGAGAGGGAGGGGCGGUUACGGUGGUUAUGGUGCGUGGGCCAAUAAGUUCAAGCUGGACAACCGCACGACUGUGGUGCGCGUGACACCGCCCAUUCCCGAUGCCAUCACUGAGGCCAGCCAGCUGUGGGAGCACUUCAGCACGUGUGGCGAGGUGGUGAGUGUCGAGGUGGAGGGCGGCGGGACAGCUGUCACGCCCACCAGCGCGGUGCGCGUGCGCUUUGCGUCACGGCCCGUGGCGGACUACGCUUUCAUGAACGGGCGCGUGCUCGAGUCGGGCGACACGCUCAACCUCUCGUGGGGCCCACCCGCCACCACUCCCCAUGCUGCUGCUGCCGGUGCUGCUGGUGCCUCUGGUUCGCCUGCUGCUGGUGCUGCUGCUGGUGCUGCUGCUGGUGCAAAGCCAGCAGGUGUUUCGCUACUCAAGGUGGCAGCCGGGGGAGUGCAGAAGACAGCAGCAGGGGUUGCAGCACCAGCAGCCGCAGCAGCACCACAAGCAGGUGGAACAGCACCUGCAGCUGGCGGCCUUGCUGCUUCUGAGGGUGCUCCAGCUGCUGCUGCUGCUGCUCCUGAUGCUGCUGCCAAUGGCACCAGUGCUGCUGCCACUGCUGCGGCUCCUGCCAGUGCAGGCAGGGCAGGUGAAGGUGCAACAGGGGGUGCAGGAGUGUAAGGGGGAUGCAAGAGCAGCAUUUGUAGGGAAUUACCGGAAUGUGAGUGAGGAAGGCCAUGUGGGGGCCAGGGUGAGUGAGGAAGGCCAUGUGGGGGCCAGGGGGGCUGGAGCUCACUCACCCAGCGGAGCAUCUGAAUUCCAUCUCAAUCCCCUCCCCCCCGUUUUCCCAUCCCUCCCUCGUUUCCCCACCCUCGUUUCCCUGCAUCCGAGGAACCUCUGCCCUCCUUGUUCCGUUUGCCUGAUUCAUUUUGUCGCGUACAACGUAAGGCUAAGACUUUUGACUGGCGUUGGGGAAUGUAACGGCAUUAGGAUCAAUUGCUUUUGCAACACAUGAAUUCUAUGCAUUGUACCUGUUUUUACUUCAAUAUCUAAC